AACAUCCACAGUCAGAGACUCAGAGGUCCAGAGAGAUGGGACCCAUUGUCACCUUCCAGAAAAUGUCCCCCAAGGGGAAGGGCAUUGAUAGGGAGACAGGAGAUGUGAUUGGUCCCCUCAUGGCAUGGGAACUUGGGUGAUUCUCACCCUCUCUGACCAGUGUCCCCAGGAGUGGACAUGGGUUGUGACAGUCAAUCUCCAAGUCCUGCCCAGGGCCUGACAGUGCCUGGGUGUGAAGUUCCUCCUCUGAGGAGGGUCAUGGUUCUGACCUCGCCCCCAUCUUCCCGUGGGGCCUCUUCUGAGUCCUGAGCUCUCAGUUCCCGAGAGAAGAACCCCGAGGAGCAGCCUUUCCCCGGCGGGCCCUGGCACCUGCACCCGACAUGCUGCUGCUGCUGCUGGCCCUGCUCUGGGGGAGGGCGGGGGUGGAGGGACAGAGAGGGCACGGGAAAGGUUUCAUGCUGGAACUGGAGAGGGUGGUGACGGUGCAGGAGGGCCUGUGUGUCCAUGUGCCCUGCUCCUUCUCCUACCCCCGGGACGGCUGGAACGACUCUGACCCAGUUCAUGGCUCCUGGUUCCAAGAAAGGGCCAAAUCACACCAGGAGGCUCCAGUGGCCACAAACGACCCAGCUAGGAAAGUGCAGGAGGAGACCCAGGGCCGAUUCUACCUCCUGGGGGAUCCAGGGAGGAACAACUGUUCCCUGAGCAUCAGAGAUGCCAGGAGGAGCGACAACGGGUCAUAUUUUUUUCGACUGGAGAGGGGAACACUAAAAUGGAGCUACACAUAUCACCAGCUCUCUGUGCAUGUGACAGCCCUGACACCCUACAUCAUCCCCCCGGGGACCCUGGAGUCUGGCCGCCCCAGGAACCUGAUCUGCUCUGUGCCCUGGGCCUGUGAGCAGGGGAUGGCCCCCAGGAUCACCUGGGUGGGGGCAUCUGUGUCUCCCCAGAGCCCCACUGUCGGCCGAGCCUCGGUGCUCACCCUCAUCCCACAGCCCCAGGACAAUGGCACCAGUCUCACCUGCCAGGUGACCCUGCCUGGAGCCGGUGUGACCACAGCAAGGACCAUCCAUCUCAACGUGUCCUACUGUCCUCAGAACUUGACCGUGACUGUCCUCCGAGGAGACGGCUCAGCACCCACAGCCCUGGGGAAUGGCUCAUCUGUGUCAGUCCUGGAGGGCCAGUCCCUGCGCCUGGUUUGUGCUGUCAACAGCAAUCCCCCUGCCAGGCUGAGCUGGACCCGGGGGAGCCUGAUGCUGUACCCCUCACAGCCCUCGAACCCUGGGGUCCUGGAGCUGCCUCGAGUGCACCUAAGUGAUGAAGGAGAAUUCACCUGCCGAGUUCAGAACCCUCUGGGCUCCCAGCACGUCUCCCUGAGCCUCUCCCUGCAGAGGAAAUCGAGGCCCGUGGCAAUGGUGGUUCUGGUGGCCAUCGUAGAAUUUGCUGUGAAGAUGCUGCUUCUCUGCCUCUGCCUCAUCUUCCUCAGAGUGAGGUCCCGCAGGGGAAAGGUGGCUCAGGCAGCAGUGGCCGUGGAGGAUGCAGACACUGUCAUGGGCUAAUCCCUCAGCACAGGCCUCCAGACUGUGCUUCCAGAUGCGUCCUUGUCCAGUCCCCGCGCAGUGUGAACAGCCAUGUUUCCCCCAUUGCUGGAGAACGAGGUGCAAAUACCAUGGCUGGGACUGAGGGCCUCGAAGGGUCUGUCCCCUGCCGGACUCUACUCCUGAUCCCUCCCUUCCCUGCAUCUCCCAACGUCUCCCCACACCCACUGGGCCAAGUCCUCUGCGAUCUGACACUUUCCAUGUGUAGUUCCUUCUCCUGAAACACCCUUCCCUCCCCAUUUCUGCCUAUAGUCCUGCUCAUCCUUCAGGCUCAGUCCUGAAUGUCACUCAGGGUUCUGUGUGUUCCUUGCAUGCAUUUGAGUGAAAGAGGGACGCUCAGUCCUUCAGGCAUUCCUAGACUCAUUCAGGAGGAAUUGCUGAACACCUACUAUGUGCCAACACUGUCACAGUGCGAGAGUUGCAUCAAUGAAUAUAACUUCAACAAUCUCUGUCAUCCAAAGCUUUGCAUAGUCACUCUCCCAAAGAAGAGAUAAAAGAAGCAAUUGAGCACACGGAAAGAUGGCAACGUCAUAGUCAUUUGAAAAAUACAAAUCAAAAUUCAAAUGAGAUGCUGCUGCACACACAUUAGGAUAGCUCUUAUU